CUCUUUGCCUUUUUUGUUUGAUUUCUUCUUCCCUCCUCUUUCUUUUUUAUCUUAUAUUGAUACCUCUCUCCCGCGUCUAUUCAUUUGUUACCAGAAAACAAUGACUAAACCAGUCAACGACCCGGUCACUUCUGAGGAAACUUACAAGGUGAACUCUGGUAUUGAAAUCAUGGAGCGCCGUCGGAUGGCGUUGGAAGAGUUCGACGAUGCCAAGUUUGGCUGGUUUCAUAUCCGCGCAUGUAUAGUGUCUGGCAUCGGUUUUUUUACAGACGCCUACGACAUUUUUGCCAUCAACCUAGUAUCCACGAUGAUCGGCUACGUCUACUGGGGCGAGCAAGGCAACAAGACACCGCACGAUGUUGACAUGGCCAUCAAAGUCUCCUGUUCCGUCGGCACAGUGGUUGGCCAGCUUCUGUUUGGAUGGCUAGCCGACCGACUGGGUCGUAAGCGCAUGUACGGCAUCGAACUCAUCAUCAUGAUCAUUGGCACCGUAGGCCAAGCACUGGCCGGCAACGGCCCCACUGUUUCCUUCUGGGCCAUCAUUACCUUUUGGCGCAUCAUUGUCGGCAUUGGCAUCGGUGGCGACUACCCUUUAUCCUCCGUCAUUACCUCUGAGUUUGCGACCACAAAACGGCGUGGCGCCAUGAUGGCCGCCGUCUUUGCCAUGCAAGGCUUUGGUCAAGUCGCCGCGAGUCUCGUCGGUUUGAUCGCCACCGCUGCGGCCCAGAACGCGAUCCAUGCCAACCCACAAAACCUCGACUUUGUCUGGCGCAUCGUUGUCGGUCUCGGCGCCUUGCCCGGUUGCAUAGCCCUCUACUAUCGUCUCACCAUCCCCGAGACCCCUCGCUACACCAUGGACGUUGAGCAAAAGAUCGAAAAGGGUCUACGGGAUGCCAAGGCUUUCAUUGAAUACGGCGCUGCUGCUGGUGACUAUAGUGAUAAUGUCGCCGUCACUCGUACUGACUCGCCUGUUAUCACCACCGCCUCGUGGUCCGAUUUCUGCCAUUUCUUUGGCCAGCCCAGAAACGCUCGUAUGCUCUUUGGUACCGCUUACUCUUGGUUCGCGCUGGACGUGGCAUGGUAUGGUCUUGGUUUGAAUAACUCGAUCAUUUUGCAAAACAUUGGCUUUGCCGGUGGUGACGAUCCGUACACUGCCGUCUUCCAGACUUGUGUUGGCAAUAUCAUCAUUAACUUGCUUGGCUCUGUUCCCGGUUAUUGGAUCACCGUUUUCACUGUGGACUACCUUGGCCGCAAGACCAUCCAAAUCAUGGGCUUCUGCAUGCUCACAGCCUUUUUCAUCAUCCUUGGUUUCGGUUAUCACGCCAUUCUCGACUACUCUGUGCCAUUGUUCAUCGUCUUGUACACGCUCACCCAAAUCUUUUUUAACUUUGGUCCCAAUGCCACUACCUUUAUUGUCCCUGGUGAAUGCUACCCUACUCGCUACCGCUCGACCGCGCACGGUAUCUCUGCAGCUUCUGGCAAGGUGGGAGCCAUUGUCGCCCAAGUUGGCUUUGGUCUUUUGAAGGAUAUUGGUGGCCCCAAUGCCUGGAUCAACCAUUUGCUUCAACUGUUCGCCUUUUUCAUGUUGACCGGUAUUUUCUCGUCCUUUUUGAUUCCGGAAACAAAGGGCAAGACUUUGGAAGAGUUGGCAGGCGAGACUGAGCCGGCUGCGCCACUGCCAGCAGAGGAAGACAAGGAGUAUUAUCAUCAUUAGCCCAAGCAAACUAUAAUAUAUGUAGCACCAGUAAAAAGGACGGCUACUAGCCCCAUUCCCUCAUCUCUCAUUAAACACUUUCCCCCGCAUCAACAACGGCCUCUUUUUUUUGUAUCUCGAUAUAUUUAUGUAUACAUAGCCCUCUAUACUUUCUUUAAACACAAUCGCACCACCCUAUCUUUAUAAAUCCAUCCUUAUAUUUCGUUAUAAUAUGUACGUGUAAGUACUGUUUGUUAUUAAUAGUAUGUCUGUAAAAACCCACCAAACGUCAAACUGUCUUUAUAAUAACAACGGAGAUCUUCCCCCCCAAGAUAUGCUUAUCUUUCUACUUGUUGCCAUGGUAGCAAUGGUUGCCAUGGUAUGCAUGCACUGGUUGCUCUGGCAGCAACCGACAGCAAAAUGUUAAUUUUGAAAUAACAAGUUUGCGUGAGCGGGGGACAUGACA